AUGAAUGGUGUGGAUGAUGGUGGUGGUGGUAGUGAUGUAUGGGAAACCUCUCAUGGGCAUCCCUGCAAGGCUUGUGGAGAGCUUCUCAUUGUGCAGGUUGGCCAGUUUGCAAAUUGCCUAAUUGAGGCUAGAAAUGAAUUGCAGCAUAAAUCUGAGAUCAUUCAAUGCAAGUUUACAAUAACAAAGGCACUGCUAUUCAAGGCUAACAGGUCAUCGUUCAACCGCCUUUGUCAACAGACCAUGUACAUGGAUGGUAUCCUCCAGUUUGCAGUUUGUGUCAACAGAACUGUGCUUCAGCGAUCCAGACCAUUGAUACUAUGGGCCCCCACUUUUGAAGGUCAUAUCUCGAAAACCAUUCAGAUGAGAAGACCCUUCCCAACCCAGUUGGAUGAUGAGGAAGUUGCAGAUGCUGCUAAUAGUACUAUGGUUGGUGUCAUAGAACUAGAUUCAGAAAAGGUCCAGCUGCUAUGCGAUGCAGCUAAUGAAGAAGUAGAUGAGAAAAAUAAAGAUCAAAUUGCAAACUUCCUCUGUCCACGUAACUAUGUUGUUUCUGGAGGUGUGAAAGCAGUGGAAGCUAAGGCAAAGUCAAAUAGCUUGAAUGAUGGUUAA